UCCUCGGCGGUCUAAUUUUCUCCUAUAAUAAUCUAUGAGCAACAUCUCGUCUGGUUUCCUCCCACCACCGUCUUUAAGCAUCACCUCCGAUUUUCCCGACGUGUGCUGUUCGAGUCAAAAUCAUCCUCCAUUAGUCUCCGUUUUCGUCGUCAAUCCCCAUCAAACACGUGCCCACAGAUGGACUUUUCUUUGAGUGGGUCCUUUUCUGGAUGGCUUCUUCUCGAACAAAUAUCAUGAAAAUGGAUGGAGCCACCAAUUUGGUUAAAUCCGUGAUGUGGGUGUUUCUGUACUUGUAAACCAGAACUCCCUCGGUUUCUUGGUUUUCGUUUCAUGAGGGCCAUUCCCGUUCUUCGUCUCCCGGUCCCACCGCCGCCGAUCAGCGCCGUUGGUCGGCGAUCCAUACCUCCGUCCUGCACUCUAUGCAGACAUAGAUCAUUUCCUUCACGUUCCGGUUUGCGCGCUGUGUUUCAUCCGGCUAAGAAGUUCCAGGUAUUGGCCGCGAAUAAACAGUUGCCGGAGCUGAAGAACGGAAAAUCAGAGAGCGAAGGUGUUUCUGUGCGAGCAGAGGAUAGCGAUGGCCUUGAUAUAGGAUGGCUGCCUGCUUUUCCUCAUGUUCUGGUUGCUUCCAUGUCUAAUUUUCUUUUCGGUUACCACAUAGGAGUAAUGAAUGGUCCUAUUAUUUCUGUUGCUCGAGAACUUGGCUUUGAUGGUAACCCAAUCCUUGAGGGACUUGUUGUGAGCAUUUUUAUUGUUGGUGCAUUUCUUGGAAGUAUAAGCUCUGGUUCGCUGCUUGAUAAACUAGGCUUUAGGCGUACUUUUCAAAUUGCCACAAUACCAUUGAUUGUUGGUGGGCUGUUGAGUGCUCAAGCGCAUACGUUGGAUGAAAUACUUUGGGGGAGAUUUCUUGUUGGCCUUGGCAUUGGAGUUAAUACAGUACUUGUUCCAAUAUUUAUUUCUGAGGUUGCUCCAACAAAGUAUAGGGGAACACUUGGGGGCCUAUGUCAGAUUGGAACGUGUCUUGGAAUUAUUGCUUCUCUGUUUCUGGGAAUUCCAUCUGAGGGCGAUCCACAUUGGUGGAGAACAAUGCUCUAUAUUGCAAGUCUUCCGGGAUUCUUUAUUGCAUUUGGCAUGCAGUUUGCAGUUGAGAGUCCACGCUGGCUAAGCAAGGCUGGACGAGUUGAUGAAAGCAGAGUUGUUAUUAGCAACCUAUGGGGAGAAUCUGAAGUUGAAAGAGCUGUUGAAGAGUUCCAGUCCGUUAUAAGGAACGAUGGAAGUGAUUUGAACAGUGAAUGGUCGGAGCUUCUCGAGGAACCGAACUUUAGAGUGGCAUGCAUUGGAGGUGCCCUUUUCUUCCUUCAACAGUUUGCUGGCAUAAAUGGAGUUCUUUAUUUUUCUUCGUUAACCUUUCAAGACGUUGGAAUCACAAAUGGUGCUUUAGCAAGUUUAGUUAUUGGAAUUACCAACUUCGCUGGUGCUCUCUGUGCGUUGUACUUGAUGGAUAAGCAAGGGAGGCAGAGGCUUUUAAUUGGAAGCUAUUUGGGAAUGGCAGUUUCAAUGUUGCUUAUUGUCUCUACCAUUAGUUUCCAGCUUGAUGAAGAACUGAGUCACAACUUAUCGAUCGUAGGAACUAUUGCUUAUAUCUUUUCCUUCGCAAUCGGAGCCGGUCCAGUGACGGGUAUAAUUAUACCCGAGCUUAGCAGCAACCGAGCGCGUGGUAAGAUCAUGGGAUUCAGCCUUGCAGUUCACUGGGUAUGCAAUUUCUCAGUGGGUCUGUUCUUUCUCGACUUGGUCCAGACAUUUGGAGUUGCUCCAGUUUAUGCUAGCUUUGGUGCAUUCUCCUUGGUGGCAGCCAUAUUUUCCAAGUACUUCUUAGUGGAAACUAAAGGGAGGUCUUUGGAGGAGAUCGAGAUGGCACUAAAUCCCAACUUCCAUGGCAGCGACAAGUAAUACAGAGAUUGACCCUGGCCACUUUGCUGGGACUAAUGAAGGGCAGUUAAAAGAGGCGAGAUCCUCUGUCUGUCUCCUCACCUACAAAGACGAACCCAGAUGGAGUGGGGAGCCUUUUUUAAAGGGCUUGUUUGGGAAGGCAUGUAUCAGAAAGCGGCUGUUUGGACACUGGUUUGUGGACUUGACUAGAACCCAGACAGGGCCACACCCCAGACCUGGAUAUGGAUGGCAUUUGAAAACUGAUGUAGAGAUGGUUCAAAGUUGCAAGUUUCAAAAUUUUGGGUGGGUUUUGAAACGGAAAUCACAGGUAAGGUAAGCGUAUAAGGCAGAGAGCGGCGGUUUUGGAAGCGGAAGGCGAGGGGCUCUUAGACCAAGGUGAGAAAGAGAGGAAGAAACUCAAAUACCCAUGAACAAUAUGAUUGCUGUUUCGAGUUUUGAUCUGUCAAAGAGAGUCAUGAAACUUUGCUCCA